AGUUCACAGCGGGCUUCCGACCCGGCCUUUGCUUUCACUGGCUCCCAGACUCAAGGGCUCCAAGGGAGAUGUAGUAUUUCUCUCCCUCGCUUCGGGGAGCUCAGUCCCGCGCCUCCCGUUCCGCUUCCUUCUUUCUCCCCGCCCCCGGCUCUCCUCGUUCGGCUGUGGCGAGUGUCCGCGCGGUGGCGCUACAGACGUGCUCAGCCACCCUCAUCCUUCCCCGAGGAGCAAGGCGACCUUACCGUCAAAACCCCGGGAUGCCAUAGGCUACUGAAUUGGCUGCCAAUAAUGGGAAGAACCUACAUUGUAGAAGAGAGUGUUGGCCAAUAUAUUUCAAGCAUCAGUCUCCAGGGAAAAUCUUUUGUCUCUGGUCUUUUGAUAGGACAGUGUUCUUCACAAAAGGAUUAUGUGAUUCUUGCCACUAGAACACCACCCAAAGAGGAACACAAUGAGAAUCUCAAGCAUCCCAAAGCUAAGUUGGAUACCUUGGAUGAAGAAUGGGCCACAGAACAUGCCAGCCAGGUAUCCAGAAUGCUCCCUGGAGGACUUGUGGUUCUUGGAAUAUUUAUUAUUACAACUUUAGAACUAUCAGAUGAUUUUCAAAAUGCCCUGCGCAGACUAAUAUUUUCUGUGGAAAAAUCUAUGAGUAGAAAAAGACUAUGGAAUGUCACAGAGGAAGAGGUCUCAGAACGAGUGAUACUUCACAUAUGUUCUUCUACAAAAAAAUUAUCUUGUCGAACUUAUGAUGUCCAUGAUCCAAAGAGUUCAGCAAGACCUGCAGAUUGGAAGUGUCAAAAUCGAGUCUCUACCUCCUGGCUGUCUCUAGAGUGUACUGUUCACAUUAAUAUCCACAUCCCACUGUCGGCUACUUCUGUCAGUUAUUCUCUGGAAAAAAAUACGAAGAGUGGACUUGUACGCUGGGCCAAGCAAAUAGAAAAUGGUGUUUAUUUGAUUAAUGGACAAGUUAAAGAUGAAGAUUGUGACCUAUUAGAAGGACAGAAAAAAUCUAGAGGAAAUACUCAAGCAACUGCUCAUUCUUUUGAUGUUCGAGUGCUAACACAGUUGCCCCUGAGUUCAGACCACAGAUCCACAGCCACGGUCCAGAUCUGUAGUGGCUCUGUAAACCUCCGGGGAGAUGUGAAAUGCCGAGCUUUCAUCCACAGCAACAGACCCAAGGUUAAAGAUGCCGUGCAGGCAGUGAAGAGAGAUAUUUUGAACACAGUUGCUGAUCGCUGUGAAAUACUUUUUGAGGACCUGCUUUUGAAUGAAACUCCAGAAAAAAAAAAUUAUGAACUUCCUCACCGAGUUUUUGUUCCCAUUCCUGGAUCCGCUAUAAGGUUAUGUGAUUAUAAAUUUGGUGAUGAAUCGGCUGAAGAAAUCAGAGACCAUUUUUCAGAGAUGUUAGAUCAUGAGAUUCAAGUAGAAGACUUGGAAAUUGCAGAGGAAGUAAACAUGGCUUGUGUGACUUCAUCUGUGAGGAGCGAAGCGUCACUGCCUGACACAGAAGAGGAACAGCCACAGCAGCCAAAUGAAACUCCAAUUGCAUCGAAGAUUCAGCAAAACAUAGGUGCGAUUGCAGCAAUUGCAGUUGCAGUCCUUGCUGCGGGCAUCUCCUUCCAUUACUUCAGUGAUUAGGGUGAGGCACCCGGAACACACUGAUCAACAGCUAUGAAAACUAAAGAUGCAAAUGCCCCACCUGCAUUUAAGCUCUGCUAUGAGAAUGUCUAUUAGAUGUGUUUCUGACUUACAUGACAUCACCAGCUGCCUCGUUUCCCCUGCUUUUAUUAUUAGGCCCAGGUUUUCAAAAGUAAACUAUGCAUCUAAUUGGAGUUGCAUGUAACAAAUCACUAUUAUUUAUCUUCAGAAGAGUCAAAAUGUGAGCUAUUUUAGAAUUUAGUCCUACUGAAGGACAUCACACAUUGAUCAAAAUAUGUAAACUAUGAGCAGUCAGUAUCGACCGCAGUUGAUAUAUCAUCAGGAAUUGUCUCUAAGUUCAUCCUAGAGGACAUUUCCAACAUGCACUCAGGUGCAACAGCUUAUGGACAUGGUUUAAGUUUGAGGCCAUGAAUACUAUUUUAAGCAUACAGAUGGACAGUGGUUUCCUGGAUGUCAGGCACUAGUAGCAGCAUGGCAGUAUGCUGCUUGCCUCACACCAAAAAUAGAGAAAUGUGAAUCGGAGAUGCUGUCCUAGGUAGGGCAGUUAAUGUUCUGUAGCUCUCACCCUGCAGUUCAGUGCAGAUCCUGGCAGAAACAAUCUAGUAGCACUCCUAACUUAGACCCGAGACGCCCAUAAAUUAUGAUCAAGCAGUAUUUUAUUAGUUCAUGAUUGUAAGUCAUGAGGUACAAGAUACACUGAAUCAGAAUGAGAAUUAACUAUAGGAAAAAACAGUCAUUGAAGUCAUUUCUCCCAAGUGCACAACAACAAUGCAGAGAAUAAAGGAUAGAGCCAUAGAUAUGGAUGAGAGCCCGGUAGUGCUCCUUCGGAUAAACUAAAGGAAAAAAAAAACACACACACUCAUUAAAGUCGUUUCUCCCAAGUCCACAACAGUGCUGUAGAGAAUAAAGGAUGAGAGCCAGGCAGUGCUCCUCAGAGUGAGGACCACAUUCUUUUAAGGAGGAGGACAAACUGCAGGCGGGUCAGGAGUAGCAGACACAGCGGAAGAGAUCAGUGGAGUGGAAGGGAGAGCAGCAGGAGGGAGGUGAGAAGGAAGGGGUGAUGGUCUAGGAGAACCAGGUGGGGAGAAUGAAAGAGAGGAGCACUUGAGAUGGCAGGGUUCCCCACACGUGUUAGCAAAACACUUAUAAAUUCAAGAAACAAUAUAGCUUAAACACAUUUAAAAAAAAAAUCAAAUCCGUGAUUUGAUCCAAGUAGUGAACCACAAGAUACAAAGCAAGGUUUUUAAGAAACCAAAGGGACAUAAAGCUCCUCAGCAGAGGCAAGUCAGUCUCAUACAGAGUAGACCCCCAGUAGCAGCAGUGUACAUAAGAAAGCA